CUCACGGAAACCCUAGAUUCAGCCUUUCCUAUAAAUUCCAUGCGAAACCCUACCCCUACCGUCUUGCUCGCACCUCGCAGGCGACGAUGUCGAAGAGAGGACGUGGAGGAUCGGCGGGGAACAAGUUCCGUAUGUCACUGGGUCUGCCGGUAGCGGCGACCGUGAAUUGCGCGGACAACACCGGUGCGAAGAACCUCUACAUCAUAUCAGUGAAGGGAAUCAAGGGUAGGCUGAACCGCUUGCCGUCGGCAUGCGUCGGAGACAUGGUGAUGGCCACCGUGAAGAAGGGAAAGCCCGAUCUUAGGAAGAAGGUCAUGCCCGCCGUCAUUGUCCGACAGCGCAAACCCUGGCGCCGAAAGGACGGUGUCUAUAUGUACUUCGAAGACAAUGCUGGUGUUAUUGUUAAUCCAAAGGGAGAGAUGAAAGGUUCUGCUAUUACUGGCCCAAUUGGGAAGGAGUGUGCUGACCUGUGGCCUAGGAUUGCUAGUGCAGCCAAUGCCAUAGUCUAAGUUUUUAAUCUAUGUUUAAGUCCUGUUGAUUGAGGUCGAUUUUUAGUUUAGACUGGGAUUUAGAAAGAUACUUGUUGAAAAGGUGCGUGAGUUGUCAAAUUUCUUUUCUUGUUUGGAUCAUAUGUAUCUUUUUAAUUUUUUGGCAAUCAAGAAUUUUAAUUUGGUUUUA